CCAUUGUCAUACCUCAACACAACUGUGAUUGAAAUGUUUGUAAACAAAUGUGAACCCCAAAAAUGCACUAUCUUUAGAAUAUUUGCUUUGGUUUGUUUGUAUAUAGAAGGAUCAGUCGCGCUGGGACUGUGUGCAUGGAAGAAAAACGAGUGCAUACCAAUGGCUAGUAGAACCAUCAAAAGUCUGUGUUUCGGUACGCGCCUGAUACAACACUUUACGAAUGAUAGGUGUCAUAUCAUCCCAGCAACUCUAUUGUCACACGCAGUGCCAUGGAAAAAUGUAGGUUUCAUUAAUUACGCUACAAAACAAGAAUUAGAAACAAAUCAAGACAAGAGUAUAGGAACGAAAAAAAAGCAACCACAUAUCCCUAAAAUUACAUUACAUGGUACGGACGGAAGUAUUUCAGUAGUUUCACUGGAAGAAGCACAAAAGCUAUCAAAGAGGCGUGAUUUAAAAUUACUAAAAGUAACAGAUUUAGAUUCAAGCCAACAGAGGCCUGUGUACAAGCUUCUUACUGAAUCCCAGUAUCUAGAAGAAGAGAAAGGACAUAAAGAUCUAAAGAAAUUGAAAAAGGAUACCGGUUUUAAAGGUUCCAAACUGUUGCCAUUGACGACUAAAAUAGGUGACCAUGACUUACAUGCAAGAUUGAAGAACAUUUCUAAAUGGUUAGCUAAGAACUUUGAAGUACGAGUUGUUAUUAGUGGUGAUGAGCCAGAUCAGUCAAAAAGUGUAAGUUCCCAAGAAAUGAACUGCCAGGAAAAGAUUUAUGAUGAGAUUACAGCCCACCUGAAAAAUGAAGGUCGUGUUAUUCAGAAACGGUUUAAAGGAAAUGACUUGAAGUUCCAGAUACUACCCCUUAAAAAGGAAACCAAAGAAGAAUAGUGGCUUCCUAAUUUUUCCAAUCAAACAAUUAUGAAUGCAUAAGAAUUUCAAAAUAAAUUUGUAAUUUUAAA